AUGGGUGCAUGUCAGAGCAUGCAAAAUGGCGAUGAAGAGGAAAAGAGAAAGCGAAGCCGGGCAAUAGACGCCAAGCUAGAGGAGGACUCAAGACGAUUACGGAAAGAAUGCAAGAUAUUACUGCUUGGUUCCGGAGAAAGCGGUAAAUCCACAAUAGUAAAGCAAAUGAAGAUUAUCCACCAGAAUGGUUACACCAAAGAUGAACUCGCCCUCUAUCGUCUUACAAUCUACAAAAACGUGCUUGACUGCGCCAAAGCUCUUAUAGGAGCUAUGCGGCAAUUCGAGAUCGAACCUAGGGAUCCCCAAAACAAUGACAAUGCCGAUUACCUACUUGAAUACGUGGUGGACCCAGAUCCCCAUACUCCGCUCGACCCACACGUGGGUGAGUGCGUUGUGAGUAUAUGGAAGGACCCAAGUAUCGCGGAUAUCAUGGAGCACCAGAGCGAAUUCUAUUUGAUGGACUCAGCGCCUUAUUUCUUUGAUGAAGUCAUCCGAAUUGCCGAACCUAACUACAUCCCCAUCGAGGCUGAUGUCCUACGAGCCCGAACGAAGACAACGGGUAUAUACGAGACGCGCUUCACAAUGGGACAGUUGAGUAUACACAUGUUUGACGUUGGCGGCCAACGCUCGGAACGUAAAAAGUGGAUCCACUGCUUCGAAAAUGUUACCUCCAUCAUCUUUUGCGUCGCGCUUUCCGAGUACGACCAAGUGCUCCUUGAAGAAUCAAAUCAAAACCGCAUGAUGGAAUCCCUGGUGCUUUUCGACAGCGUAGUUAACAGCCGCUGGUUCAUGCGCACAUCCAUAAUCCUGUUCUUGAACAAGGUCGAUUUGUUCAAGGGGAAGCUGGAAAGAAGCCCAUUGGGGAGUUAUUUUCCCGAUUACAGCGGUGGCAACGACGUCAAUCGGGCCGCGAAGUAUCUGCUGUGGCGAUUUAAUCAGGUCAAUAGGGCGCAUUUGAACUUAUAUCCGCAUCUUACACAAGCCACUGACACCUCAAAUAUCCGCCUGGUCUUCGCCGCUGUCAAAGAUACAAUCCUCCACAAUGCAUUGGCAGAUUCAGGCAUACUGUGA